UCAAUAAUUUGUAUAUUUCUUACUGGACUAUUAGCAUGUUAUAUCUAUAAAUAUCGUAAACUGAAGGUCUUCAAAGUUGCCAGUCCAAUAUUUUUAUGCAUCACUCUACUUGGCUGUGCCUUUAUGUAUUUUGAGAUGGCAGCAAUUUUUCCAGUUUUAACGACGUUUGCUUGCAUUGUGACCAAAUGUACUCGUCAUAUGGGCUUUUGUAUAACCUAUUCAGCUUUACUAUUGAAAACUUGGAGAGUCUCAUUGACAUAUCGAGUUAAAUCGGCACACAAGUUGAAGUUGACUGACAAACAAUUGCUUCAAUGGUUGUUUCCAAUUCUCAUGAUUAUGGCCAUUUACCUGGGCACUUGGACAAUAUCAGCGCCUCCUCAGCCCAUCUACAUAACCGACUGGCAUGGGCUCAAGUUUAAAAUUUGUGACUACAAUUGGUGGGAUCACAGUUUGGUUAUAAUGGAGUUUUGCUUUCUACUUUGGGGAAUCAAAGUUUGCUAUAAUGUACGAAAUGCGGAAUCUUUUUUCAAUGAAGCCAAAUACAUUACUUGGGCCAUUUAUAAUAUAGCAAUUGUGAACAUCCUAAUGAUAGCAAUCCAUUUACUAAUUUUACCCAAAGCUGGACCCGAUGGUAAAUACUUUUUUGGUUUUGUCAGAACCCAAUUGAGUACAACCACAACUGUUAUGCUCAUUUUUGGACCCAAAUUUUACCGAGUAAUCAAAGGACAAGGUGACUCUUGGGACAAUAGAGUUCGAGCCAGAGGAAUCAAUGCUUCCUUUUCAUUGAAUGGAGUUGGCCUGGUUCAUGAAGAGACGACUGAUUUAUAUCAAGAGAAUGAAGAAUUGAAAGAGGAAAUUCACAAACUGGCAACUCAAAUUGAAUUGAUGAAGUUGAUGCAAAUGGAAAUCAAUAAUCGCCAUUUAAAACCUAAACACACCUCAUCUGGACACCACAUUUUACCCACUGUGACCAUCACUGCGAACCCAGCUUCAGCUGGAAGUGUAACUCAAUCACCGAUAGUCAAAGCGGUUUAUUCACGGUUUGAUACCAAUGAUGCGCCUUCACCAAGAAUCUCACCAGCUGCUGAAUUGGCCAGUGAACGGGUUUAACAGCUUCAAAUUAUAGUCACUGCUUCAAUAAUCAUUUCAAGGAUCAUGAUUGGAAUACAAUUUGAUGUUGAACAAACCUGACUCUAAAUGAAAAUUAAUGGAUAAUUGACUCUCAAGUCGACUCAAAAUUGUCUCAAAUUUGUAACUAAACACGACCAAAGAUACAAUCAACUGCCAACUUUAAUCUUGUAAAUCUUAUUGUUGUUGUUGUAAUUAUUCAAUUACAAUGUUAUGUUGAGUUUAAUCGUCAUUGAUUACUUUGUUAAAUUUAUAUUUUUGACCGUCCAAACUUGCCCUUUCAUCUUUACAUCUUCAUCAAUAUUGUCAUGAAAACAAUGAACAUAAUUUGCAAACUCAUCACUUAAUCACGUUAAACGUCUUCAUCUUCACUCAAUUUCAACGAUGAAUCAAUUUUCAACAAACAAAAAUGCAUCCAACAAAAUGUUACACAUUAACAGCAUUGCAAUUGAUUUAGUCAACUUGUUAAUUGAAAUCUAUUUAUUUUCAGCUCAAUUUCCAAUUGUCUUGAUAAAAUGAUGAUCAUGAUAUCUAACCCUUCUACUUUGAUCUCUUCUCCUACAAAAAUCCUUUUUAUUUGAUUCUCUCUUCUUAUAUUUCCCGUAAUUUAAUUACAACUCCAAUGAUCUCCAAUGAUCAUCAAAACCAACUUGAAUCAAGUUUAGUCAAAAAUUGAUCCACUUCUCUCUCUCUCUCUCUUCAAUCUUUUCAAUCACAAUUAUUGCCACUGCCACAAUUGUAAUUUAGGAUUGUGAUUUUGUUUUAAUUUAAAGCAAAGUCAAACCAUUUUUUCCCACUUCUUCAUCUUCCUCUUCAGUUCAUUCAAAUUUCAUACAAUUGACUGUCAACAAAUGUUACAAUUAGCUUUGCAAUUCUUGAUUUCUGGUUGCAAUCUAAUGAUUAAAAUAUGAUGCUUACAAUAACAUGUAAAAUAAUAGCAAGCAAAAUAUUGCCAAUUGUACCAACAGCAACUUUAAGCGUCAACCACUAGAAAAGUUACCUAAAUUAAAAUUAAAAUUGCCAUAAACAAUUAA